AUGAAACAAGACGGCAAUAAAGAUCUUACAUACGACCAGUUAAAAUAUACAUUAGCUGACCUUUUUGCUGCUGGAACUGAAACAACAGCGACAACACUUAAAUGGGGGUUACUAUUAAUGGUUCUUCAUCCAGAAAUACAGGACAGAGUGUUUAAUGAAAUUGAUCAGGUUGUUGGAGAAAACCGUCUCCCGAGACUUGACGAUCGUAAAAACUUGCCUUAUACAGAAGCCACGCUUUUGGAAAUACAGCGAUUUGGUAGUAUUGCACCAUUCACACUUCCUCAUUGUGCGUUGAAAGACACUUCACUUGGAGGAUAUAAUAUUCCUAAGGGAACGGAAGUAAUUAUUUUACUAUGGUCAAUUCACAAAGAGCCAACUAUUUGGCCAGAUCCAGACAAAUUUGACCCUAUGAGAUUUUAUGAUGAAAAGAACAAUGCAGUCAAGAAGUCUGAGAAUUUCAUGCCAUUUUCUGCAG